AUGACUGUGGUCGAGGCUGUUGCUGACCAGGUCAAAUGCCCAGGACGACAGGUGAUGAAGGAGUACAGGAAGACUUUGCGUAUGGCGUGGAGCACGGUGGAGGCGGGGGGCGAAGCGAACACAGACCCCACCACGCUCGCCGUCAGCAUUCCCUUGCCUACACGAGAGCACGGAACAACGCUGACCGACGGAGAGACGCGGAAGGGAGAAGCUCACCUCGUCCACCAGCACGACGCGCUUGCCCCGGUGCAGGCAGAGUCCCGGCAGGGCUGCCACCACGCCCUCCAGCAUCUCGUCCACGCACGUGUCCACGCCGUUGAUCAGCUUCUUGCUGGCCUGCAUCUCUGCGCAUGUGCUAAUAGUGUGGGCAGUCGACACCUCCAAGAACGAGCGCAAGCAGUUGGAGGCAGCACGAAGACUCAAUGCCAGAAUGGAAGUCAUUGCCAUUGGAACGUGCAGACUUUGGCGGAUCUUCUCAGUCCUCUCAUGUUUCAACACUACAUGAUGUCUUCGGCCAAUCUUUGCUUGGUUGGAUACGAGAUCGCUAUGGCCGAGGACGUCUCGCAGAUAGUGGCAUUGGUGAUCCACUUGGCAGUGCUGCUAGGCCGUAUCUUCCUGCUCAGCCACUUCUCCUCUGAAAUAAUGUACCAGAGCACGAAAGUCAGCCAAAUGGCAUAUUUCUGCAACUGGUUCCACUUCAGCGGGGAUUGCAAGAGAACAUUGGUGCUGAUCAUGAGCCGAGCUCAGAAGCCCAUUGUCAUGAAGACUGGCUGGUUUGGCAUCCUCUCGUUGGAGACUUUCGCUGGGCUUGUGCAAGCAGCUUACUCAUAUUACACCUUGCUGAAAAAACUUACUACGCCUUGAACUGGAAGAUUAAGGGACACCACCAAAUAAAAUUAGGAAAAUAGUUGAACAGGAAUUGUAUAGGAACUAUUUAUUUACAUUUCUAGAAAGAUAAUUUAAAUGCACAUUACACAGUCACUCUAAGUUGAUCUAGAUCCACUAAAUUUCACGAAGGUUGUAACAAGUUGUUUGGUCAGAGAGGCAUUGAAUUUAAACAAUGCACCUAUUUUGUUAUAUAUUUAUGACCCAAUGUUUUAUGUUGCAACUUUGUACUUGUUCGUACUCUAAUGACACCUAGGGUAUCUAACUUUGGAAACUUCAUUUUUUCCGCAGGUGACAAUGUCUGUUUUCAAAACUCACAUUUCCGUUCUGUAGGUUAUACGAUUCUCGUG